AUGGCAUCCAUACUUCUACUCACGCUGCUAGGGACACUGGCCGUCCAGGUCCUCGGCAAUGCAGUAAAUAGAUCUGCACUUUUACCAAUUCCAGACAAACCGCGGGUGUUCAUUUUAUCGGAUAUCUCCAAUGAGCCUGAUGAUCAGGAAUCUUUGACUCGGUAUCUGCUAUACUCCAAUCAAUUCAAGACAGAGGGUAUUUGUGCCGUGACGUCAACUUGGCUUCAGGAUGAAGUCCAUCCAGAAGCUAUGCUGGCUGUUAUUGAUGCUUAUGGAAAUGUAACGGAUAAUCUAAAUCGACAUGCUCCUUUCGAUGCACCCUAUCCAUCGGGGGAGCAUAUGCGCAGCCUUGUAACCAAAGGCGCCGCUACAUAUGGCAUGAAAGCGGUUGGUAAGAAUAUUCCCCUCAGCGAUGGAGGCAAACUCCUCUUCAAGCGCCUCCAAGAAAAGACCGACGAACCACUUUGGGUCCUCGCCUGGGGCGGUACAAACGUCCUAGCCCAAACCCUUUACAAAAUUCACCUUGAAUUCUCUGCAGCAGAUGCAGAAUCCAUAAGAUCCAAGCUUCGCGUUUACACCGUCUCCGACCAAGACGACACAGGCGCCUGGAUCCGCCAACAGUACCCAGACAUAUUCUAUAUCUCUUCCACGCAUGGCUGGAACCAAUACGGUCUAGCUGCGUGGACCGGUAUAGCAGGAGAUAAAUAUUAUGACAAGGGUGGACCCGAUUUCUCCAAAGUAACGCACGAAUGGCUUCGUGACAAUACUCAGAUCGGAUCUUACGGCAAGGCGGCAUACCCGAAUUAUGAGUAUAUCAUGGAGGGUGAUACACCCACCUUCUUGUAUCUCAUUCAGAACGGUCUUGGUGUACGAGAGCAUCCGGAUUAUGGAUCCUGGGGUGGAAGGUACAUGAAAGUCACGCCAUCGACGGUGCUGAAUUUCAAUCAUUAUGCUGAUGCGGCUGAUCGGGUUGUUGGAGCCGAUAAUGAGACGUAUGUUUCUAAUCAGGCGACUAUUUGGAGAUGGAGAAAUGCUUUUCAGAAUGAUUUUGCGGCGAGGAUGCAGUGGUCUCUGCCGGGGAAUGUUAGUAAGGCUAAUCAUCAGCCGGUUAUUUCGAUUAAUGGAAGUCGAGGUCUCGCGCCGUUGAACAUAAGUGCGCCGGUUGGAUCGACGAUCAAUUUGGAUGCGGGGGCAACGGAGGAUCCUGAUGGGAAUGAUUUGACUUUUCGGUGGUUCCAGUAUAAGGAGCCUGGAUCGGAUGAUUGGAAUGUUGUGAGUCAGGUCCCUGAAUUGAAUUUCACUGUUUCGCACGGAGGUCGGAAGGCGCAUGUGCGGAUCCCUAGUGAGAAAUUGAGCUGUGAUGGGACGGGCUUCAACCCGUCUGGGUGUUGGCUGCUUCAUUUGAUUCUUGAAGUGACAGACAAUGGUUAUCAUCCGUUGACGAGCUACAGGCGGGUGUUGUUGCAGACAACCAAUGUUACUAUGUCAUCGGCUUGA